AUGGCUGCUGAGUCCCCGACAACCGAUUAUAUGGAGAGGGAUAACUCCCGCCCUCAGCGUCGUUGUUUCUGCUGCUCGCUUGGAUUAGGUCUCAUCAUCACAGGCGCCGUCCUUGCAGUGAUUGGACUUCUUUACGGCACAAUUCUGCCUCCUGUAAUCGACAAUGUCGUCAAGGAUGGCGUUGUGACCUGUGACGCCUCGGAAGGCAACGAUGAGGACUUUUUGGAUCCGUAUGGCGACUGUAAAGACUGUAACCCUUACUACUACAAACUUUAUAUGAUGAAUGCGACCAAUGCCGAAUCAUACCUUGCAGGAGACGCUAGCACGCUCCAGGUGCGGGAAAUGGGUCCAUACACAUAUCGUCGCCGUGAAAUAAAACUUGACGUCAAAUUUCUUGACGAUGGUAAUCGUGUGACAUAUAAAAUGUAUUCGUAUCAUACGUAUGUCCCAGAAUUGAGCUGCGAUGGGUGUUCCGAUACCGACGAAGUUGUUACCAUGGAUUCGAGUUACAUGAGCGUCAUUGCGGGUGCUGGAGGAGAGAUGGCGUUCCUUGUGCGCUUGGCUCUCGGUUCCUUUGCCAGUGGUAGCAACACGAGCGCAGUUCUUAGCCUGGUAGCCCAGAAUGGUCAGCAGAUGAUGCGCUGGAUUAAUGGACUCAAUUCAAUGGACCCAGAGGCCAUGCGUGUAGUAACCAACAACAGUGCCGUACUAAGUUUUUUGGCAACUGGACCCGCUGCCAUUGCCAAUAUGAGCCUUACAGGAUUUGCAUAUAACGGCAUCUUUAACAAGCGCCCCGUUUCGCGAUGGGCUCUCGGAUUUCCCAGUCUGCUCGCUGGUCUUGGUCUUGGCUCCAAUUACAUCAAUCGAUGUGCCGUAAGAGGCGGUUUAAAUGAGCAAUGUGCUGCAUGCAGUAACAGCACAACACCUGAAUGUCUAGCAAUUUGGGGCGAGUGCAAAAGAUGUACCCGUGGCGCUCAAGUCGUGGCUUUAAAUGACGAAACAUGUGCUAUCGUUCAGGCCACAUACGCUGCUGCAUACGGCGAUGAAGAGGCUGCAACCUUUGCUGCAAGCACGUGCCAGUUGUGUAGCGCAUUCGGUCUUUGCGCUGCGCCAAUUCCUGGUAUCGUUGAGUCCAGUGGUCGCGAUUUCUCGGUGACACCCCCAAAUGCCUCUAUUCUUACCUCGUACACAAUGCGUACAGGUUGCGACGACAAAAAUUUCAUUCACGAGUAUGAAGAAUUCGAAGGUUACCGAGCUACCGCCUUAUGGGCCGAUCUUGGCGACCGUCGUAAUCCAAACCUGUCGGAACUUAUCGCUUUCAACACGUACGGCAACUGCGCAGCCCCAACAGCAAACUUGACGUGUAUCCCUGUUUUUGGAAACGAUGGUACCGGUGUUGCUCCAGGUGGGGUCAGUAUUACCGGUUUCAAAGACGACAUUACGCAGCCAAACACCACCAUCUAUAUGAAACAGGGACGUCAGAAUGUGACGAUACUGAAUCAGUAUGAGGAAGUUGAGUAUAAAGACAUCACACUGCACCGUUUUCGUCCAUCCACUAGCUUGCUCUCAAGAACCGUGACAAACGCUAAGAAGGGCACAGGCUCACCGGUCGACGGGGUACAAAGUAUGUCCUUCACAAGAGGCUUCCUGGUUUACAUGUCGUACCCUAUGUACUUGUAUGGCGAUGACUCUCUGAUGACAAAUGUACAAAUAUCUCUGCUUGAUGGUGUUCAAGUGAGCCGAGCGACGCUUUACGAAAGCGAUGGUAGACUUUUGCCUCAGUACACGGACAGAUUUGAGACUUUCAUGGACAUUGAAGCUGGUACGGGCAGAACAAUGCGUGCACUCAAACGUUUGAUGGCUUCAUUUGCUCUAUCACGGUCUAACAGCAAUAGUUCACUCGUCAUGAGUGACAUUCUCUUCCCAACGUUGCAAAGUGAAGUAUUAAUUCCCAUUUACUGGGGUAACGAAGGAUCCACUAUCAAAGACUCGCGGGUGGACGAUUACGACUCAAUUGUUAUGCUGCUCGACUCGAUGCUACCGGUACUUAUCGCGGGCAUCGUCGUCGGCCUCUUGAUCAGCGGCAUUGGCGCUUUCUUCAUGCGCAGUCGUCGACAACAGGCUAAGAAGGUAUAG